AUGUCGCAGGAUCAGCCCCAAGCGCAACCUCCGUUGCCCGAGCGUAAUGAAUUUAUUCACAACUCUGCCAUUGCUGGCGCAGUUAUUGCGCCUCUCGCCAUGCUACUCCCACCACGAAAGAUAGAUCUUCGAUUCUUCGUCCUCGCCAGUGCCUUCUCUCUUGCCACAAACCAGCUCGCCUACGAGUAUACGGGCUCGUCAAUCUACUCACGGUUCGGCAACCGUGUGGGCUCCAUAUUCGGAACCGAACUCCCCGAAGGCGCUCAGCGCACCCAACGACUACUACGUGAGCACCGAGAGCGCGAGGCAGCACUCAAAGCUAGCCAACAAAAUCCACAAAGCGAAGAGGAGAAGACAGGUGUGGCCAAGGCACUCAACGAUGUAUGGAUGGGAGGCGAGGAGAAGAAUUGGCGAGAGCAGCGUGCGAAAGAGCAUCAACAAAAGAUGGAAGAGGGCAAGGGUAUUGGCGAUAUCAUUAUGGAGCAAGUCGCUGAUGUCUGGAGUGGAAAUUGGGGAAAGGGUGCCAAGAAACAAGAUGACGAGACCACAACGGACGACGCUUCAUCGAUCGGGAAGAAAUAA